CUGCACGCCCACUGGGGUGGAUGAGAAGGGGGCCAGCGGCUGCUUCAGGGUGGGCGGUGGGGAAUUCAGCCUCGCCUAGGUUGCUAACUCAACCUGGGAACUGGGAACUGCCCCUCUUUGAAAACACAGGACUCCUCAACUCCUUUCACUGCUCUUUUUGAGGAGGGCACACCGGACUCCAUGGAAGCUGGACCUGGGACGCUUUGUGGGAACUGGGAGUCUCUUCUGUCUGCUUCCUUUCUGAGUUGCUGCCGUGCUGGGAUGACUGAGGGGGCCUCCCAGCCAUGGCACUGACCAGUGUCCCCACUGCCGACUUGGCCUUUGGGCUCUUUCCGCCUCUGAUGGCAUCUUGCUUUUUCCCCACUCCUGGAGCCCAGUGGUGAGUCUAGGGGCUCAGCCUGAAGGUGCCUGGACAGCAUCUGGUACCCCAACAGCCCAAGCUGGAGGACGGAGGCGUUGUAGUCAGGAGUGAAGAUGAGAUGAGCGGGGGCCGCUUUGACUUUGACGAUGGCGGGGCGUACUGUGGGGGCUGGGAGGGGGGAAAGGCACAUGGGCAUGGACUGUGCACCGGUCCCAAGGGCCAGGGUGAAUACUCGGGCUCCUGGAAUUUUGGCUUUGAAGUGGCAGGCGUCUACACUUGGCCCAGUGGGAAUACCUUUGAGGGCUACUGGAGCCAGGGCAAACGGCAUGGGCUUGGCAUAGAGACCAAGGGGCGCUGGCUCUACAAGGGGGAGUGGACGCAUGGCUUCAAGGGGCGCUAUGGAAUCAGGCAGAGCUCGAGCAGCGGUGCCAAGUACGAGGGCACUUGGAACAACGGCCUACAGGACGGCUAUGGCACGGAGACCUACGCAGAUGGAGGGACCUACCAAGGCCAGUUCACCAACGGUAUGCGGCAUGGCUACGGCGUGCGCCAAAGCGUGCCCUACGGGAUGGCGGUGGUGGUGCGCUCCCCGCUGCGCACGUCGCUGUCCUCGCUGCGCAGUGAGCACAGCAAUGGCACUGUGGCUCCGGACUCGCCGGCAGCAGAUGGACCCACGUUGCCUUUGCCCCCGGUGCCGCGCGGUGGCUUUGCACUCAGCCUGCUGGCCACGACCGAGGCUGCGCGUCCCCCCGGGCUGUUCACGCGCGGCACAUUACUAGGUCGGCUGCGACGCUCAGAGUCACGCACGUCGCUGGGCAGCCAGCGCAGCCGCCUGAGCUUCCUCAAGAGCGAGCUGAGCUCGGGCGCCAGCGACGCAGCGUCCACCGGCAGCCUGGCCGAGGGCGCGGAGGGCCCCGACGAUGCAGCCGCGCCUUUCGACGCCGACAUCGACGCCACCACGACGGAGACCUACAUGGGCGAGUGGAAGAACGACAGGCGCUCGGGCUUCGGCGUGAGCGAGCGCUCCAGCGGUCUGCGCUAUGAGGGCGAGUGGCUGGACAACCUGCGCCACGGCUACGGUCGCACCACGUUGCCGGAUGGCCACCGUGAGGAGGGCAAGUACCGCCACAACGUGCUGGUCAAGGGCACCAAACGCCGCGUUCUGCCGCUCAAGAGCAGCAAGGUCCGCCAGAAGGUGGAGCACGGGGUCGAGGGCGCGCAGCGCGCAGCAGCCAUUGCACGCCAGAAGGCUGAGAUCGCCGCUUCCAGGACAAGCCACGCCAAAGCCAAGGCAGAGGCAGCAGAACAGGCUUCCCUGGCUGCCAACCAGGAGUCCAACAUUGCCCGCACAUUGGCCAAGGAGCUGGCCCCAGACUUCUACCAGCCAGGUCCAGAGUAUCAGAAGCGUCGGCUGCUCCAGGAGAUCCUGGAAAACUCGGAGAGUCUGCUGGAACCCCCAGAGCGCGGCCCAGGCGCCAGACUCCCGGAGCGGCCCCGGGAAAGCCCACAACUGCACGAGCGCGAGACCCCGCAGCCCCAGGGCGGUCCCCCAUCUCCAGCCGGGACACCCCCUCAACCCAAGAGGCCCCGGCCGGGAGCGUCAAAGGAUGGUCUGCUGAGUCCGGGCGCCUGGAACGGCGAACCUGGAGGAGAGGGCAGCCGACCCGCCACACCGUCCGAUGUCACCGGCCGUCGCAGCCCGGCGCGCCCCGCCUCGGAGCACAUGGCUAUCGAGGCGUUGCAGCCACCGCCCGCGCCCUCGCGGGAGCCCGAGGUGGCAAUGUAUCGCGGCUACCACAGCUACGCCGUGCGCACCGGGCCACCCGCGCCCCCGCCCUUGGAGGAUGAGCUGGAGCCUGAGGUCCCCCGAUCCGACUCCGCGCCCCCGUCCCCGGUCUCCGUCACCGCCCCGGAGGAGCAGCCCCCGGCACCACCGCGAAGUCCUGUGCCCGCUACGAUCACUACGCCCGCCACGCUGGAGCCCAAGCCUAUAGUCCCCAAAGCCGAGCCCAAGGCCAAGGCCCGCAAGACAGAGGCCCGAGGGCUGAGCAAGGCCGGCGCCAAGAAGAAGGGCCGAAAGGAGGUGGCGCUGGCGGCAGAGGCCGAAGUGGAAGUGGAGGAGGUACCCAACACUGUCCUCAUCUGUAUGGUGAUCCUGCUGAACAUCGGUCUGGCUAUCCUAUUUGUUCACCUCCUAACUUGACCCUCAUCUGCCAGAGCCAGGAGUUCCACCGAGGGUGCCAGCACCUGUCUUUCUGCAAUGCCAAACAGGUGUCCCAGGAGGACCGGACUGUGGACCUGAAGCCUUGCUCACAUCCACUCCAUGGACGUUUAAGGAGGCCUCCCAUGAGCCCAUGUUGGUUGCCAGGGUGCCAGAGGAAGAGAAUGUCUAGGUACCCUCCAGGGCAAAGGAUGCCCCGAGGGAAGAGCCCUGGUCUCCGGAGCCCUUUGACCUACUCCCGCAUCUGUCCUCAGUCUUGCCUCACCUUGUCCUGUCACCCUUCCCUGAGCUUUUGCGUGUUUUGAAAGAUGUCACCUAAGCAAGAUACUAGAACAGAUCACUCCCUUUCCCUCCCACCCCAUCCCCAAUCUAGUCCUCUGUCUGAUGGCUUGAGGCCACCCAGGAAAUUUAAGGGGUGCAGAAGUUCCUUGAGUAGUGAAGGGAUGAAGACCCUUGGGUAGUGCAGUCCUCCCCAGCCCAUGCUGCUCCAGAGAUCACAGAGUUCUGGAGGG